GAGAGAGGGAGAGGGGGAAAGGGAGAGGUGGCGGAUCAGCAUCAUCUGCUGCUUCAGUACCGGUGAUGACUCGGUGAUAACCCGGUGAUAACCCGGUGCUCCUCCACCUCACCCUGGAACCAUGACAGCAGAGACGUAGCGGCAGGAAAAUCCUGCGGUGCACAGGAAGUCAAUCGGACCAAACUGAGUGACUGACUCGCCGGUACCUCCCGGCGCGUCUUUUUGUCACUGGACCUCCUCUCCUCUCCCCCCUGCGCCUCCCCUUCCAUUUCACCCCGCAGAGCAGACUGUGGUGACGAAGGCUGGAGGAGAGCAGAGCAUAAUCUGGAAUCAUCUUCAGCAGAUGGCCAGAGCUCUGGAGAAGGAGCGGAGUUAGGGGGGAGAGGGGGGUUGGAUUUUCCCUGCCCAGGUUCUCUUCUCACCCAGACCGACGCAGAAGCUCAUCACUGAUGCCUCCUGCAGUCCCUGAUGCUCGGCUCCGGGUCCGCUCCGGCUCCGGGUCUUUCGGCUCGGUAGGAGCGGCUGGAGCCGCGGCCGCGCCCUAGGAUGCUGCGGCAGGUGUUGCACUCCGGCCUGCGGAGCUGCUUUUGCGCCGUCGGGCGUUUCGUAGCCACUUACCCGGUUUUCUUCGCCUCUGCGCCGGUUCUUCUCUCCAUCUUGCUGGGCUCGAGCUUCAGCCGUUACCGCGUGGAAGAGGACGUGGAGAGCCUGCUGGUCCCGAAACACAGUCUGGCUAAGAUCGAGGGGAACCUGGUGGAGAGCCUCUUUCCGGCGACCCGCUCUAAAUACACUCUCUACUCUGACCUGCAGACCAGCGGCAGAUACGGACGGGUCAUCAUCACCAGCCGGAAAGGCAGCGUGCUGGACCCGGUCAACAUGGACACCAUACUGCAGCUCCACAGACAACUCUACCAAAUGCAGGUGACCAUUCCGUCGUCGACCUUUAACUACUCCUUCUCUUACCUGUGUCUACCCGACGACACGAAUGCCUGCAUCAUCGACGACGUCCUCAGGGCGAUGGAGGAAAUCCAGUUGGCUCGCACCGCUAACCGCUCGGUGCCGGUGUUGCGGUAUCCCAUCACUCAGCUGGAAGACGGUCGGCAGGCCUACAUUGGCCACCAGCUGGGGGGGGUUCAGAGCUGGGGCCCAGGUGGAGCGGUGCGAGGUCCAGACACCACGGCCCGCAGCGAAAGCGUACGAUCAGCACGGGCGCUGCAGUUGUCCUAUUAUCUCCAAACCCGUGGGGACCUGAUGGAGCGGGCGGCCAGCCAAUGGGAGACGGCCUUCUGCUCGGUGCUACAGGACUUUGCAGAGCUGUACCCUAAGCUGGGAUUCUACCCCACCACCUCGUCCUCGCUCAGGACAGACUUCCAGUUCUCUUCAGUGUUGUCACGGUUCCCUCUGCUGGCCAGUUUGGUGGUAUGCGGCGUGUUGGCCACGCUCUGCUGCUCCAUGAGGGACUGUGUCCGGUCCAAACCCUGGUCAGGACUCCUGGCCCUCCUGUCCAUCACGUUGUCUGGACUCACCGCUGCCGGGAUCCUGAACCUGAGUGGAGCCACGUACAAUUCCACCUACCUUGGAAUUCCCUUCGUGAUGUUAGGUCACGGACUCUUCGGCUCCUUUGAGAUGUUAUCCUCCUGGAGAAGAACCAGUGAGGACCAGCAUGUGAAGGAGCGAGUCGCCAGCGUCUUUGAGGACGUAAUGCUGCGUUUCUCUGGCUCCACCCUGCUCCACCUCAUGACCCUGGGUCUGGCGGCUUCACCGCUCACCAACAUGGAGGCCGUCAGGCUCUUCUGCGGCACCGCUGCCUUAUCCGUCACCGUCAGCUACGUAUACACCUUAUUUUUCUACACCUCGUGUCUGGUCUUCACCGGCUUCCUGGAGACCGAGUACAGACACGGCUGCUUCUGCAAGAGGGUUCCUAAACCGGAGGGACUGGACUCCAAACCCUCGUGGUACCGAUGUUUGAUGUACACCAGAUACCAGGAGGAGACUCAAACCGCCAACCCCGUACAGAGGGUCAGACAAACUCAGGCGCAGAACUGUAACCUGACUCGCACACAUACCCACACGUGCACAAAUCUACAGGGUCAUGGUCAUGUGACUGGCUCCACGCAGCACCUCCCCCAUUCACGGGCUCUGUCCUCCACAAACCUUCACCCUCUGGACUCCCACCUCCUGCUGGGAUGUGUGAGGAGCUGCUACGGAGACUGGAUCACCAACACCUACGUCAAACCCUUUGUGGUUCUGCUCUACCUGGUUUAUAUCUCCUUCGGACUCAUGGGGUUUUUACAGGUGUCGCAGGGCUCUGACCUCAGCGCUCUGGUCGCAACGGAGACAAAAACAGUUCUGUACACUCGUGCACAGCAGCGUUUCUUUAGCUCCUACUCACCUGUCAUUGGGUUUUAUAUCUAUGAAAGCGCCCCCUACUGGAAUGUCUCAGUGCAGCGGGACCUGCUGGAAUACACCAAAGGCUUCCAGAGAAUCAGCUGGCUGGAGGCGUACCUGACCUUCCUGUCGGGCAGAAACCAGUCCACCAGCCAGCCGCGGGAGAACUUCACACGCACGCUCCGACAGUCUUUUCUCCGCGAGCCACCGUUCGCUCACUUUGCCGAUGACAUCAUCUUCACCGAACAUGGGCAAGGCGAGGAGCCGGACGUGGCCGCGUCACGGAUCUUCCUGGUGGCCAAGACGACGGAGAACAAACGUGAGGAGAUGUCUGUGCUGCUGGACACGCUGCGUCGGCUGUCGCUGACGUCACGCGUUCGAUUCCUCAUCUUUAACCCUUCGUUUGUCUACCUGGAUCAUUACGCCACGGCGGUCAGCUCACCGCUUAGACACUCUCUGCUGGCGGUUCUCUUCCUGCUGGGUCUGUCGUCACUGGCUGUGGUCAAACCUCUGGUCUCAGUGUGGCUGGGCCUGACCAUGCUGUCUGUGCAGUUUGGCGUUUUGGGCUUCAUGACGUUGUGGGGUGUAGAACUGGACUGCAUGUCUGUGUUGUGCCUGAUCUCAGCUCUGGGAUACUCGGCGGACUGCAGCGGCCCACUCCUCUGCGGUUUCGCCUCCGGUCGGGGUGACAGUAGGACUCGCUGCGUCAGAGCGGCGCUGGAGAGACACGGGGUUCCCUGUUUACAGACGCUGAUCUGCUACAGCACCGCCCUGCUGCCUUUGGGUGUGGUACAGUCUAACCUGACCCACACACUGUUCCGCUGCCUGAUCCUCACUGCUGGCUGCUCCGCGCUCCAUACUCUGGCCUUCCUGCCCACCCUCCUCACCUUCCUGCCCCCCUCAAAGAGCAAAGACCCGCUCAGUGUUGGCGAUGCCCAGAGGAUGGAGGUGGAGUGUGAUGAGAUGAGCGACAGCACCCGGGUGGUGGACCAGAUCACCACUCUCUGAACUCCAACACAUGACUGCACGCUGGUACGGAGGAGCUGAAGAAAAGGGAAGGAGACAAGGGAACUAGUGAAGGACAGUAGGGGGCUCUCCGGUGUGCUGCGUCUACGCCUGCUUGUUUAUGCUACAGUUUGAGCUUAGUUUCAGUUGAUGAGCAUCAGCUGCUUUACCUCGGCCUUAUUAUGGUCUGCGUUCGAGAAAAUAAUCCAUGGAAACGGUCAGUAUUAAAAUUUCAUUUCUUCUCACUGGGUUAAAAACACCAGCGUCGUCGUCAUGGACCGUCGCUAGCUUCAGGUCAGUACUGUAUGUAAACAAAGAUCACAGACGGUGAACAAAACAACACACAAAGCUGGGCUAUCUGGUACUGCCCCACUUUAGUCAACUGAGGCUGAGCUUCAACAGUGUUUGAUACCCUCACUGCUGCAGGGAGGUGUGAGAAGAUUCUUUGAGUUGUAUUUUGGUUCAUGUUGUGCACAUGUUUUUUUUCCUCAGGUUUUUUUUUUUCAGUAAAACACUUUGUGGGUUUUGCUCUAGACUUUAGACUUUGAACUUUACAGGAACCUCAGCUUCUCAGACCAGACUCCAGCUGUCAGUCAGAAACCUCAUUUGUCACCGUUUAUGUCACUACUUGUCUGUUUACGGGUUGUAAUCGUCGUUACAGACCUUUCAACACUGUGUUCUACCGAAGAGGAACUGAAGCUGAGACGUGAAGACGUUACUGAUUUGGGAAAAUCAAACGAGAAGAAACAAAAAGUCGACAAAAAUCCACAUCUGGUCCUUUUUUCCUGUAAGACUUUAUUAUUUAAUGUUUAUUCAACUUUUCCUAAACUUUUCCUUUUUUAAUUUUUACCUGACCUUUCACGGCUGUUCACAGAGAGUUCCUUAACAGAGCUACAGCGCCACCACUCUGUCAGCUCCUGCAUUUCUACCUUAUUUCUGCACAAAUAAACAUGAAGCACUGCUUUAAAACUUCUUGACCUUCAUCUGCGUUAUUCACAGCUACAUUCAAAUUCAUCUUCACUCCCCCCUGUCAGUCGGUGCGGCCACUUCAGUCAAGACUUCAGUCCAGUUGUUGUUCUCGUUGAUCUCCUCUGACUCAAGUAGGGCCGCUGACCCCAGG